GAACUUUCCUCUCCUCCACGACUAUUUUGGACCAGCCGUCUUCUGGUUGACCUUUUGCGCUUCGCUCGUAGUGAUUAUUCCAAAAUUCUGCAAACAAACUCUUCCUAUUUCUUUCUCUUUUUUCUUUUCCAACAUGAGACCCAAGACAGGGCAAGGCAGCUGCAAGAAUGGUUUUCACAUAAUAAGAUGGAUGGCAGCUUUGACUGUGAUUGUGGUGAGCUGGAGCCACCUGAUAAUUAACUAACAGCAUUUUUUGUAAACCAAGAGCUGCCUCUUCCUCAACAAACUAUACUGUAAGCAAAAGAAGAACAGCAAGAAGAGAAAAAAGUGCUUACUGACACCCUAGAAUGAAGCUGCUCAGGACCAGUCCAACACUGAAUGUAUCUGCACUGUGAGGAGGAUGAGAGUAGAAACCUAGUUCAUGCGUAUUUAUUCCCAUUUUUGUUCAAUGUUAGCCAGUUUAGCACAGUAGAGCGGAGUGCAUAAUAUGUCACUUCAUUCCGUUUGAUUUCCUUGUUUUUCCUUUUAAUGUCUGCGGAUCUGCUGCACCUUUCUUGAACUAUGAAUGCUGCAACCUCUUUGUCUUCACUCAACUUGAUCUGUAGCGUGUAAGUUUGAAGUCUGAAGGGGACAUCACAGGCCUGGCUGGCAAAUGAUGCAAUGAGAGUGUCAAGAAUCCAUCACGCAGUCAACCUGACGUUUUUCUUCUCCUUUUCUGCAAGAUCCUCCAUCUACCAGUGGAAGCAUCUCUGUAUUUUUGCAGAAGAUUAGUAAUUUUCAGAGGAAAACAGAAAACACAGAAUUACACAAUGGCAGAGAAGUUUGAAAGCCUCAUGAACAUUCAUGGUUUUGAUGUAGGUUCUCGGUAUAUGGACUUAAAACCUCUGGGCUGUGGUGGCAACGGCUUAGUUUUUUCUGCUGUCGACAAUGACUGUGACAAAAGAGUGGCUGUCAAGAAAAUUGUCCUUACAGAUCCUCAGAGUGUUAAACAUGCUCUGCGUGAGAUCAAAAUUAUUCGAAGACUCGACCAUGAUAACAUUGUCAAAGUGUUUGAAAUCCUGGGUCCCAAUGGGAGUCAACUGACAGAUGAUGUAGGCUCUCUUACAGAACUGAACUGUGUUUACAUUGUCCAAGAGUAUAUGGAGACCGAUCUGGCCAAACUGGUGGAGCAGGGGCCCUUACCGGAAGAACAUGCCAGGCUCUUCAUGUACCAGCUGCUACGUGGGCUCAAAUAUAUACACUCUGCAAACGUCCUGCACAGAGAUCUCAAACCAGCUAACUUGUUCAUUAAUACUGAAGACUUGGUGCUGAAAAUCGGUGACUUUGGCCUUGCACGGAUCAUGGAUCCUCAUUAUUCCCAUAAGGGCCAUCUUUCCGAAGGACUGGUAACUAAAUGGUACAGAUCACCUCGCCUCUUGCUUUCACCCAACAACUAUACUAAAGCCAUUGAUAUGUGGGCUGCAGGUUGCAUCUUUGCUGAAAUGCUGACAGGGAAAACCCUCUUUGCAGGUGCACAUGAACUUGAACAGAUGCAGCUUAUUUUAGAAUCUAUUCCUGUUGUGCAUGAGGAAGAUCGUCAGGAACUUCUUAGCGUAAUCCCAGUUUACAUUAAAAGCGAUAUGACUGAGCCACACAAACCUUUAACUCAGCUCCUCCCAGGCAUUAGCCCUGAAGCCCUGGACUUCCUGGAACAAAUACUGACCUUUAGUCCCAUGGAUCGAAUGACAGCAGAAGAAGCUUUGUCCCAUCCUUACAUGAGUAUUUAUUCCUUUCCAACCGAUGAGCCUAUUUCAAGCCAUCCCUUCCACAUUGAAGACGAGGUAGAUGAUAUUCUGCUCAUGGAUGAAAGUCACAGCCACAUCUACAAUUGGGAAAGAUAUCAUGACAGUCAGUUUUCGGACCACGAGUGGCCUGCUCACAACACCUUCGAAGCUGACGAAGUUCAGCGUGACCCAAGGGCUCUUUCAGACGGGACGGACGAGGAGGAAGUGCAGGUCGAUCCUCGCAAAUACCUGGACGGUGACCGUGAAAAAUACCUAGAGGAUCCCGCUUUCGAUACUCACUUCUCCACGGAGCCUUGCUGGCCAUACCCAGAUCACCAUGAAAACAAAUACUGUGAUCUAGAAUGUAGCCACACGUGUAAUUACAAAAUGAGGUCCUCUUCCUACCUAGAUAAUUUAGUCUGGAGAGAGAGUGAGGUGAACCAUUACUAUGAGCCCAAGCUGAUAAUUGAUCUUUCCAACUGGAAAGAGCAGAGUAAGGAGAAGUCAGACAAGAAAGGCAAGUCCAAAUGUGAAAGGAAUGGGUUGGUGAAAGCUCGGCUAGCUCUCGAGGAAGCCUCGCAGCAACUUGCAGAAAAGGAGAAGAAUCAAGGGUUUGACUUUGAUUCUUUUAUCGCAGGGACGAUUCAGCUUAGUUUACAGCACGACUCAACCGAGAUCGAUAAAUUAAAUGGCCUGAAUAGCUCCGUGUCCAUUUUGGAGUCGAAAGGCAUAUCGAAAUCAGUAAGCAGAGAGAAGCAGGAGAAGGGAAUGGCCAACUUGGCCCAGUUGGAAGCCCUGUACCAAAAUUCGUGGGAUGGCCAGCUUGUAAGUGGGGGGGACGAGUGCUUUCUCAUAGACCAGUUUUGUUGUGAAGUUAGGAAAGACGAGCAGAUCGAGAAGGAGAAUCCAUACACCAGUUACCUGGAUAGAUUUUUUAGCAAGAAGGAAGAUACCGAAAUGCUAGAAACGGAGCCAGUUGAGGAUGGGAAGCCCGUAGAGAAAGAGAGAGAGGGGGGCUUUUUGAGUCACAGCGGGGAGUUCCUCUUUAACAAGCACCUCGAGGCGAUAGGCAUCCCUCAGUUCCACAGCCCCGUUGGCUCGCCGCUUAAAUCAAUCCAGGCCACGCUAGCGCCUUCGGCUAUGAAAUCAUCUCCUCAAAUUCCUCAUAAAGCAUACAGCAGCAUUCUGAAACACCUAAACUAAACAGCAGACAUUUCUUUCUUUUUGUAUUCAUGAAAUGUGUGUUCUUUUUUAUUAUUAUUAUUAUUGUAAGUAAUUUUUUUUUACUUGAAAUCAAAACGAUGUAACUUUGGUAUGAAUUUCUUUUAGUUCCCUGUUUACCAUUGUUUUUAACGAUCCAGAAUUACUUUCUUUACAUGACAAUUUUUUUUAAUUAUUAUUAUUAUUUUUCAAACUGGCAUGUCAUUUGCACACGGAGGUAAAAGACACAGAGCAAAACAAUGCAAAUUGCCGGAGAAAACAAGAAGAAGAAGAAUUUAAAAAUGCACUAAACCAGGUAGAAACACUCUCAGUUUAAACCGUUCAUGCUUUGCGGAGGGAAACGACGCAUUUUUUUGCCUUGAAAAAAAAAAUCACACAGUGAGACUAUACGUACUUGCAUGAAAAGAUCUAUUUUUUUCCCUGAAACAUUUUUCAUUCAUAGGUAUUUUAGAAUUUUUCAUACUGUACACAUUUCUUAGACACAUGAUACCAGCAGCAACUGUAAGUGAAUGCAGAAUUUGGUACGCAUGUGUUAUCUACCUCAAGGUAACAGCAGUAUGUGGCAAAACAUUAACCACCCUUAGUGCUUUUCAUAAUGCACUUCUAUUUAGCCAGCAUUAUUGUAGUAGGUGGUAUUAUGGAAAAAAUACAUUCAAUAUUUAUAAAUAUUCUGGUAUGCAUUCUUUAUAGUGGAAAUGUUAAUAUGCAGCGUUUUUAUUUAUUUUAGCAAAUUAUAUUUUCUGUAAUGAUAGAAAAAAAAUCAAUUUUUUUUAAACUUGCUUUACAGAUAAAAAGUUCUUGUUAGCACUAUGGUUUAUUGCCGACACAGCUGAAACAGAUGAGAAGACACCCCCUUAUUCUGAGGUGGGACCCAUACGAGUUUUUGUAAAAAAACAAAAAAGAAAAAGAUUUCACUUCCAGUAAGGCACUCACUGUGUAUAGGAAAUUGCAAUGGGGAGGUGCUUGACCUCGACACCAAGAAAUUAGGAAACGUUUUAUUACAAAAGAAAAUGCUCCUAGAAGUCUUAAUUGUCUUGAUUUUUUUAAGAAAACGAUUUUUGUAAUGUUAGUUGUGUGCAUGGAAAGAAUUAAGGUACAACAUUACUGUAGGUUUAAAAAGUUCGAUAUGGUCAGGCCUUUUGUUUUUACCGUCUGUUUCUACUGAAUGACGCCCUUGUCUCAUCAUCCCCCCCAAAGCAAGCAUGAGUCUAAUUAGGUUUAAUGUCGCAUGUCGCAUCUUGGUCUUCUGACGGUUUUGUUUUACCUCCUGGGUUUUUCUGUUUUGUUCUUCUGUUCUUUUUGGGAAACUAUGUAUCAUUGGCUCCCCUGUUUUAAAGAGAGAAAAAAAUAAAACUUGGCCAGCAAAAAUUAUGCUUCGGCGUUUCGAAAUGGAAA